AUGGCUUCUACCAACUCCAAUGCUGGUGGUGUUGAAGGCAACAACUCCCAUGCUGAUUUGGAAGCUUGUGUGCAGAAGAUUGACCUGAACAACUUGGAUGAGGAAAUGGCUGAAAAGGAACCUGCUGAAAACUCCCCUGCUAAGGACCCUUCAGCUGCUGAAAAUUCCAAGGAGCAGGAAGAGGAGUCUCAGGAGGAUGACAUUGAGUUGGAAGGGGAAGAUGACAUUUUGCAUGCUGAAAUUGCUAAGCUGCAGGACCAUGCUGCUGAGCAGGAUACGCGCAUCCAGCAGCAGCAGUCACUCAUCACCAACCUCAAGAGGGAUCUCUCUGACCAGGACAACAAAAUCAAGUACCUGGAAGUUGAGCUCAAGAACAUGAAGCACGACGCCCGGGAGCACGUUCAUCAGCUGGCGAGGCAGACCUCAAAGAUCAACGAGCUGCGCGAGGCGUUCAGUGCCCUCCGAAGGGAGACUUUGUAUCGCCCUGCACCACGAGCGGAACCGCCUGCCAACUCUGCUAGCGGUCGCACCAACCCUUCUCGCUCUGGUGGUGCAGUGGGUGACCCUGGUCCUUCUACGCAGCGCGCUGCUGAGCCGAGCACGCAGGCUUUUGGCUCUCUGCCAAUCACCCUGCCGCCAUUCAUCCAUGGCAAGACGGACGUGGCUGCGUGGUUGUCGAUGAUGACCGACCUGUUCAAGGCGCACAAGUUCCAAGACGACGCUCGCGUCGUCGCUGCCACCACCGUGCUGGACCAGAAUGCACAGAGAGUGGUGUAUGGCAGCAAGAUCCAGGCUGAGGCGGAUAGGAAGCCGUUUGGAUGGGAGGAAUUCGCAUAUGCACUCAAGCAAGCCUUCCAGGGGGCUGCCUGA